GAGGCCUGACCUUGGAAGCGGAACGGGGUCCUGCGGCAGGUCCUUCCGGGAGGGUGACAUUCAGCCGGCCAGUCGGGGCGACGGGCUUUCCGUCCUAGAACCAUGGCCCAGUUUGUCCGUAACCUCGCGGAGAAGGCCCCGGCGCUGGUCAGCGCUGCUGUGACUUACUCGAAGCCUCGAUUGGCCACAUUUUGGCACUAUGCCAAGGUUGAGCUGGUUCCUCCAACCCCUGCUGAGAUCCCUACAGCUAUUCAGAGCUUGAAAAAAAUUAUCAAUAGUGCUCAAACUGGUAGCUUCAAACAGCUCACAGUUAAGGAAGCUCUACUGAAUGGUUUGGUGGCCACUGAGGUGUGGAUGUGGUUUUAUGUUGGCGAGAUCAUAGGCAAGCGUGGCAUCAUUGGCUAUAAUGUUUGAAGACCAAUCUUUGCUUUGUUAUUUGGGUGUUCUUGGACCAUGUGUGAGCAGACUGCUAUUUGAAUAAAAUAAGACAAUGUGUCAAAAUCAGUGUUUCUCUGUCAAGCACUA